AUGGUAAGAACCUCUUCUUCUCUCCUCCCGGUUCUGGUUCUGUUCUAUCUAACCCGGGUCCUCUGCGGCCCGGUUCCUGCCGGUCUGCGGUGGUCCGUUAUUCGGCUCCUCGGGUCCCGUUAGCGGGUUAUUAGCUAGCAUGGCUGCCGUCCCCCCUCCCCCGACUCGGUUAUUCGGUUUUUGUUCGAUCCCAAACGGCUCCGGGUCCCGGACUUUAACCCGAGCUCGAGCUUUAGCGCGAUUUUUUCCGUUUUACCCGAAUAACGGUUCAGGCUCCGGUCCGAGGCCGGGCCGUGCCGUGCCGGGCCGGGCCUGCCCCCAGGCCGUGUGGCCCAGGGCGGCCAUCUUAUCCCCGCUGUGGACCUGCGGGGCUGACCGGCCGGAAACACGGAACACCAGACCGCGAGGUUCGGCCUGAACCGGACCAACUGGACCCCAUAAAGCGGACUGGAGAUGUUAAUGUGAAGAAUCAGGUCCAGGGGGGUCAGAGUUAGUCCGGGUUUAGUCAGCAGAGACGGGACGGAGGGGGGGCAGACAGACAGACAGUGACUCUGCAGUCUGACUGAAGGCCUGCAGGCUGGACUCAGGGUUUAACUGACCCACACGGACCGGGACCACGGACCCAAGAACCAGACAGACUAACGGGACGGAGACGGGAGUCACUCUGAGACUGGAUCAGAGAGGACCAAUCAAUAAUCAGCAUCAGUCAUCACCAAUAUCCAUUAUCAAUAAUAACCUUUAUAGGUAAUAAUAUCCUUUAUCAAUAAUAACAGUUAUCAGUUAUAUCCUUUAUCAAUAAUAACAGCUAUCAAUUAUAUCCUUUAUCAGUAAUAACCUUAAUCAAUAAUAACUACUUUCAAUAAUAACCUUAAUCAAUGAUUAAUUACCACCAUCAAUGACUAACAUCAAUUAUUAUUAAUAACCAUCAAUAAAAAUGAUCGAUCAGACAAAAACCAAUUCAGUCUGACUGUUGGAAUCAAUAAAUACACAAACAGUCAGAGUCAGAUAGACCCAGAGGGACCAGCACACGCUCACACACACACACACACACACACACACACACACACACACACACACACACACACACACUCUCACACACACACACACACACACACACUCUCUCUCUCACACACACACACAGUAGAGUCCAGAUCACAGCCUAGAACUGAUUGAUUAGAUCAGCCCUGAUAUCAGUCUGAAGAGUCUGGGUCCUCAAAGGUCACAUGACUUCACUGAUGGGGGGGGGGGUGGGGGGGCACUGACUGAUACUGGAUCCUUCAAACCCGGUUUAGACUUUGAUUCGACAUCUGUAAUGUUGAUACUCCUCCCAAACAGCAGGGGGCGCUGUGAUGUCUCUGAAUACACAAAUACAGGAGGGAUACAGGAGAGCAGGGGAAACCCGGGUCUGUCUCUGGGUCCGUCUCUGGGUCUGUCUCCGGGUCUGUCUCCGGGUCUGUCUCUGGGUCUGUCUCCGGGUCUGUCUCUGGGUCUGUCUCUGGGUCCGUCUCUGGGUCUGUCUCUGGGUCCGUCUCUGGGUCCGUCUCCGGGUCUGUCUCUGGACGUCCUGAUCGACUGAUGCUGUCUGGGGUUGGUGUCUGUGUCUCUGAUGAACUCAGCGUCUCUGUGAUCGGUUAUUGAUCCUGAUCGGUGUGUGUCAGAGGAUCAGCUGUUCGCUCUGUGGUUCAGAACAAACCGGGUCAGAGGGUCCAAACCCCUGGGGAUCAGCUGAUUGGUUCUGAUUGUCCUAAAGGGACAUUCCGUCAAAAUAAAUCAUGUAAACCAUCGUCUCACUUGAUUUGACGGACAUGAUAGUCCUGACCAAUGAGAGGGCUGGGACUACACAUCAUCAUCAUCAUCAUCAUCAUCAUCAUCAUCAUCAUCAUCAUCAUCCUGCUGCCGUCUCUAAAUUUAGAGUCUGGGUCUUAAAAUGACCCGGCUCUCUGAACAGGUCUCUGGACUCUGGGUCACUCCCUCAUGUGUCCUCAUGGCGGCGCGAACGGCGUGACUCCUGCUCUUGACCUUUUAAGGAUAUUUGAGGUCACCUGAUAACCUGGUUUAUGAUGAGUCCUCUAUCGGGGUCAGGGGUCAGGGGGUCAUCAUAGGUCACUCUGAGUCCUGGACCUCAGACAAAUACCUGAUGUGGAUCACCGUAGACCAUAAACCACAUCAGGGUCACAUGACUCUGCUGACUCAUCUGGACUCUGACUCAUGGUUUCCAGGAGUCCUGUUGGACCCGGUCUCUUCAGGAGGACCUUCAGUCCCUGAGGAGUUCCUGCUGACCACCAAUAAAAACAGGGCUCUUAUUUUGAAAAGCCCUUCUAUUAUCAGAGGGAGAGUAAAACAGGGCUCUUAUUUUGAAAAGCCCUUCUAUUAUCAGAGGGAGAGUAAAACAGGGCUCUUAUUUUGAAAAGCUCUUCUAUUAUCAGAGGGAGAGUAAAACAGGGCUCUUAUUUUGAAAAGCUCCCUCCUCUUUAAAGUUGUCACGUUAACACCGUUCAGUUAUUUUGUGUUUUACGGUGAGUUUUCAUUCGUCCUACACUCAUGAACGCACCAUCGGCGUUACGGCGUUUUGGAACACGGCGUCACGCCUGUGAGAUACCGCCGCUGUAGUUUUAGACGAUGGUUUGUGAACUUCCUCUCCAAGGGGAGUUUGAUGAUGAUCCUAACCCCCAAUUUUCACCGCAUCCAGAACGCCGUCGAUUUUCGCUGCUCGCCAAUUCCUACCGGAUCUGUUUGUGAGGCGAAUUUCGUGGUGGAUUAAAGGCAACAGGAAUUCCGUUUAAUCUCCCGAUAACGAGUUGUCUCUCUAAAGACAGACACAUAGACAUAUAAGCAGUAGAUUGUGUCCUUCCAGAGGAGGAAAUCUACUUCUAGACUUCUAGAAUCAGCAUCUCCUCAUCCAUGGUGUCAUCGGGGUGAAAUGACGUCUAAAAACCUUUCACUUGUUCGUCUCCGCCCGUUUGCAUGGUGUGAAAUACGAUCCUCCUGAAACACGGAGUGUUUUAUUUUGAAAAGAAGCCGGAUGUUUUAUUUUGUGUCUGUGCCCGACUUCCUUUCCAGCACGGGUUAAUCUGUGCUGAAUUUAUCCGCCAUGCUCCGGCGUCCAGAAAAAAUAGAACUCUUGUGAUCAGCUGAGGAGUCCGGCGAUCCGCAGAGGAACGGAAAGAAGUCGGUGUAAAUUGACACGUUAACUUGAAUGGUUACGAUCAGCUACGAUCGGAGGAUACGACCUUUUAGGAGACCAUCAGGAUGAAGGUGGAGGUCGGGGGUCAGACCUCCUCAUAGAUUUGUUAUUGAUUGAAUCAAAGUUUGUAGAUCUCAGAUUUCAGGAUCACAGCAACUCCAGACCUCUGAAGUCAGUCCGUUUCCAUGACACCCGAGAAAAAACCGAAUUAUCGCCUUAUUCCGAUAAAGACCGGACAACUGAAGGUCACAUAAACACUUUAGUCCGACUAUAAUCAGAGUUUAAAAACUCCCAGAUAAUGAGAUUGGAAUUCGAUUUUCUCUACCAUGUAACCAGCGUAGUCGGAGUAUGAGGCCACGCCCCCUUUAACCCCGUAACAAACCCCCAGAGUAGAGGAGUAGCGUUGGUCUCCUCUUUAGAAAAAGUAGCGCGUCCAUCAUGUCGGACAAAAACAACGCUGUACGAUGCUCCAUCUUCUUGUUUCUCCAGCAGCAGUUGUAGACACUUCUGACGUCUGACACCGACCUGCUGUUGUUGUUGACGGUUGUCUGAAAAGACCCAUAUCGCCCCCUAGUGUCGGGGAGGAGGACACGUUCACGUCAAUAAUUCAGUUUUCUCAGCUGCAUGUUUAGAAGAAGUCGAUUAAACUGAGACUGUAAAGAACUGAGCUAACCUUCUGUGUUUGUGGUCACUUCCUGUCGUCUGCAGGCGUCUGGCGUGACAGUAAACGAUGAGGUCAUCAGGGUGUUCAACGACAUGAAGGUGAGGAAGUCCUCGACCCAGGACGAGGUGAGGAAGAGGAAGAAGGCGGUUCUGUUCUGUCUGAGCGAAGACAGGAAGAAGAUCAUCGUGGAGGAGGGGAAGCAGAUCCUGGUCGGCGACAUCGGCGAGACGGUGGACGACCCCUACGCCUGCUUCGUGAAGCUCCUCCCCCUCAACGACUGCAGAUACGGCCUGUACGACGCCACCUACGAGACCAAGGAGUCCAAGAAGGAGGACCUCGUCUUCGUGUUCUGGUACGGCACUGAUCAGGUUAUUGAUCAGGGGGCUACGUUAUUGAUCAGGGACCAGCUUAUUGAUCAGGGGGAUAGCUUAUUGAUCAGGGGACAGGUUAUUGAUCAGGGACCAGGUUAUUGAUCAGGGACCAGCUUAUUGAUCAGGGACCAGCUUAUUGAUCAGGGGCCAGGUUAUUGAUCAGGGACCAGGUUAUUGAUCAGGGGGAUAGCUUAUUGAUCAGGGGCCAGGUUAUUGAUCAGGGGGAUAGCUUAUUGAUCAGGGGGCUACGUUAUUGAUCAGGGACCAGGUUAUUGAUCAGGGACCAGGUUAUUGAUCAGGGGGAUAGCUUAUUGAUCAGGGACCAGGUUAUUGAUCAGGGACCAGGUUAUUGAUCAGGGGGAUAGCUUAUUGAUCAGAGAUUGAUCAGAGACCAGGUGGGGGUCGAUAUAAGGAACACUGCCUGAUAUAACACCCUGACCCGGUCUGACCCGGUCCGUCUUCAACAUGAAGACCUCAGAUCAGCUGACUGUAGACCUGGAGCCGUCAGAACUUCAUGAUAGUUUGAGGUGGACCUGUUGGACCGGGUCUAAAGUCCAGGUGAUCCUCAGACCGGUUCAGAAUCUCUGUAAUGAUCCAGUUAAACAGAUCAGGACUAACAGAGUCUCAGGAGAUCAAUGACCUGACCUGUGGGUCACCUGACCUGCGUCACCUGACCUGUGGGUCACCUGACCUGCGGGUCACCUGACCUGUGGGUCACCUGACCUGCGGGUCACCUGACGUCCUCACGGUGUCUUCUGUCCUCAGGGCUCCAGAGACGGCUCCACUGAAGAGUAAGAUGAUCUACGCCAGCUCGAAAGAUGCCAUCAAAAAGAAGUUUACAGGUGAGUCAUCUGCCGGGGUCAGAGGUCACACCUGAGGGUUUUGAGGGCUGUGAUUGGUCAGUUUAUGUCUACUGUAAACACGUCACCUGUCUGUGGAGCUCAGGUGUGACGGACAGGUGAGGUGAAGAGGAAACACGCUCAGGUGUGUUGUUGUUAUGUUCAGGUGUGUGUGUCAGUUAUACUCAGGUGUGUUGACCUGUGACCUCUCAGUGACCUCAGGUGUGCCCCUCCCCCCUCAGGUAUCAAACACGAGUGGCAGGUGAACGGGCUGGACGACAUCCAGGACCGCAGCACGCUGGCGGAGAAGCUGGGCGGGAACGUGGUGGUAUCUCUGGAGGGCAAGCCGCUGUGA